ACCAGCAACAAUCUCCUUCAAAUAAUUUUUCACUACAAAGAAGAAAUUACAAACGACAAUAUGGAUUCAAUUAAGGACACAUUAGCAACGAUGACAGAAUUAUUUAAUACAAGGAUGAACGAAUUUCAGCAGGAUUUACAAAAAAACUCUUCACCAGUGACUACCAGUUCGUUGGCUGCUGAUUUCAGUUCCUUCAAGAAAUUCAUUUUGUCAGCUUUAACUACACUGCAACGACAAGUCGAAUUUCUGACUAGGAUUAUCGACCGUCAGGAAAUGAAAACACGUCGUAAGACACUUUUAUUUCACGGUGUUCCGGAGGAGAAGUCCGAGGAUGUGUCGGCGCGCGUCACCAGUAUUGUCGCCGAAAACUUAAACCUGGCGAAUUUCUCCAGUGCCAGCAUCAAAUCGUCAUAUCGUCUUGGUUGGUCAUCUGGCAACAAGCCUCGUCCCAUUGCCGUUAAGUUUCGUGACGCAGCAGUGCGCGACAAGGUUUGGUUUGCCAAAACCAAAUUAAAGGGAACUAGCUUCACUCAGUCGGAGUUCCUGACGAAGACACGGCACAUUGCGUUCCUGGCGGCAAGAGAGCGUUUCGGUGUCAACAGGUGCUGGACGCGUGACGGGAUCAUAUUCGUGAUCACCUCGAACGGGAAGCGAUAUCGGGCUGAAUGUUUAGCUGAUCUCGACGAAAUUCCGGGGUCCGUUCCAUCUGAAGCGCUGAAGUCUCCCGUCCAAAACAUCGCUGCCGGUCCAAUAACAACUGAAUGCAAGACAGCUGCAUCGCGUUCGAAGCGGGUGAUAAAGAAAUGAUUCACUUCGUAUAGGUACUAUGCUAUUCUGUCUUGUCUAUUUGUACAAUAACUUUUAUUUCUUGUUUUAAUAACUUAUUUCCUUAAAUUAUUUUUACUUUUAUAUACUUUCUUGUUAUUUUAAUAGUAAGACACUUAUUUACUUCGUUGAUUUACUAUUUUUGUUAUGUUUUUUCGAUAUUAAUUUGUUUACAUUUACUUUUACUUUUAAUUAAUGAACUACUGCACGUCAGAUAUUAUACGU